AUGACCAAGACACUUAUAUUGAGAGAAACUGUAAUAUACCAGAUCGAAAUAUCUUCAUUCCUUGCUACAAUACCGCCACCAAGAGAAGCCUCAAACCCGCUUGAAGCUCCCGGCGACUACGAUGUAACCUCCACAGUCCACAGCGACACCUACCCCGAAAUCGACCCAACAAAACUCAACCUCUCCGGGAAAGCCGUUCUCAUCACCGGCGGCUCACGCGGAAUCGGCCGCGCAAUUGUGCUCGCAUACGCCAAAGCCGGCGCAUCAUUCAUCGCCGCCGGUGCACGAUCAGGAACCGUCGAACUUGCAUCCGCAGUCGAGGAGGCCGCCAAAUCGUCAAAUCGGCCUGCUCCAAAAUACCUCCCACUGACAGUCGAGAUGUCCAAUCGGGAAAGCGUGGAGGAGGCAGCUGCGGAUGUUGAGAGGGAGUUUGGACGGUGCGAUAUCAUCGUCAACAAUGCCGGCAUAUUCGGCGGAUUCCAGCUGAUUGAGGAGUAUGAUCCGGAUAUGUGGACUAAUAUCUUCGAUGUGAAUGUUCGAGGUCCAUAUCUCAUUACGCGAGCACUUAUCCCGCUGAUGCUCAAGACCGGUGAUGCAUACAUGGUCAACGUUUCGAGUGCUGGUGCACUCCUGACGAAUCGAACACUGAGCGCAUAUCAGAUUUCCAAGACGGCUGUAACCAGACUCGCGGACGUUCAUCCGGGUAAUGUCAUUACGGAUAUGGCGACUACUUUGGGGGUUGACCAGGAUCCGGAGUUUAAACAUAUUUUCGUCGACACUCCAGAGCUCUGCGGAAAUACGCUGGCGUUCCUGACAUCUGAGAAAAGACCAUGGGUGGGAGGCAGGUUUAUCCAUGUCACAUGGGACAUGCCUGAACUCAUUGCGAGGAGUGAUACGAUAGUCAAAGAGAAUCAGCUCAGGAUUACGAUAAAGUAUUAG